UAUCACGCUGUUGUUGGUAACGGCGGAUACUGAAGCGGGAAGGAUAUAUAUGCUUUCACAGUUGUCAAUUAAAGUUUUCUACGUUAUUCUUUCUUAAUAAUACAAAUUACUCGACGUUUCCUUGUUCGGCACUUUGAAGUUUAUUUAGUUAAAACAACCGGUCAACGGAGAGAGUCCUUAGUUUGUUAUUUAGCGGCGAGUUUUUAAGCUAAUGUGUUUAAUGUAGUUGAAGGAAGGUUGUGACUACAGAUAAAUCUCUGCAUCAGAUCAACCAGUGGGUUAGAAUUGUUCACUGUCUAUGGCCUCGAAAGCGGAAUGGCAGGAUCCUUACGUCAACGUUUUCAAACUCUUCAAAGUUGGAGAGUGGAAGAAGUCAUCAAAAGAAGGAGAUGUUUCCACAUACAUGGACAAGACCAUCAACUGUUCCGUGUUUCGGAUCAAAGGUUCUGGACCUAAAGAGAGCUACAUGCGAAUCCCUAACAGCAACUCUCAGUCUCUAGGACUGACAGGACGCUAUAUCUACCUCCUCUUCAAGCCCUUCCCAGGAAAAUCUUUUAUGAUCCUCCUGGAAGUCUUAGCAGAGGAUGGCCGGGUGGUCCGAAUCUCCCUCUCCAACACAUUCAAAGAGUUUAAAUCUACUCCUACAUCGCUUUACUUCCCCAUCCUAAGCGAAUCGGACCAAGAUUCAGUUGUUAAAACGAAAGCCACAUCAAAACUACAAGCUCCAGUCUGCCUCCAAGUCCGUUGGACCUGUCUGAUGAUUGAUCUGCAGGGCAUUCUCUCAACCUACCUCAACCAUCUUUACUACAGUCAUCUGAAGAACAUCAAGCUUUGCUCCUACAUGUGUGUGAAAAACAUUUUUACCAGCGACCUGCAGCUUAGUCCAGAGGGUUCCCACCACGAUUUGAAGCCAACAGGUCUGGCCUCUUCAGCCACCACGGGACCAAUGCCCAGGGACAUGGUGUUUCCAGUGCCCAAAGGACGCUCCUGGCAUGACUUCUAUGAUUAUGUCAGGUUUCCAGCGGAAGGACAACAUUUUAACGUUAUAGACAACGACAACAAUGAAGCUGGAAGUACCAGCCCUACUGAAAAUGAAGGCUCCUCUGCUGUGAGCAGCAUACCGGAGCUGGCGGAAGUCCUCACACAGCAGGAGUCCAGUCCCAACCAACUCCCAUCUCCUCCCCCCUGCGAUACCAGUGAGGCCGGUGUGCACCAGGAGGAUGACCUCUGCAAAGGGGACACUGAAGAGGAGUGUGUUGAAAGCCCUUUUCAACAUCCUGUCUGCGUGUCCUUUUCUGAAGACACCAAAGAGCAGAAGCUGUUGCCGGACCCAAUUCUCAGGCUCAGGAGAAUCAUCGGUUUUGGAGGAGCCACCACCAAAUGUGCCUUAUGGACCAGGUCAGGUGACGCUGUGGUGUAUCCAUGUCACGCUAUUGUUGUUUCCAUGAAGAUAGACUCUAAUGAGCAGAGAUUCUUCAUCGGCCACACAGAUAAGGUGUCUGCACUCGCCUUCAAUGGCAAUUCUACAACGCUGGCCUCUGCACAAACGGGUAAUUACUGUGUAGUUCGAGUAUGGAACUACCUGAAAGGAAACUGUCUGGCCAUGUUCAGGAUGCACACCCAAUCUGUAAUCUCUCUCAGCUUCUCAUACAGUGGUGGCUUCCUCUGUGGAGUGGGCAAAGACAGCCACAAUAAGACGUUGGUUGUGGUAUGGAAGACAGCCAAUGUUGACAAAGGUGGUACAGUGAGCAUCUCAGCCAAAACAAAAACAGAUCUGGACAUUAAAACCAUGAAAAUUGCAAAGUUUGAUGAUUCACGGCUGGUGUCAUGUGGUCGUGACAACAUUCGUCUGUGGAGGGUGCGAAACGGCAUACUGCGUUCCUGUCCAAUCAAUCUUAGUGAUUACAAAUCAAUGGAGUUUACUGAUGUGGUGUUUGGGGAAGGAGACUCCCCUGAUCAGCAUCUUGCAGAUAGAACUCUGUCAGGAAACAAAUCAGUCUUCAACUCUGAACUUUUAAGGAUCAAAUUUAAGAACCAUAUCCCUCUUUGUCUCUCUCACUUUAGAUUUGCCAGCAGCCAGAGCGGCCACAUCUUUGAAAUUGACUUCACCAGAGUUGUCAUUAGACGUGUCAGGUGGUUGUUUCCAGCGCAGCAGCAGGAGAAACUGGCUUUUAGCAAAUUCGGUCAAGGUAUUGCCAUCAACAGCAUCAGCGUGUCAUCAUCCUUCUGUGCCACGGGCUCGGAAGAUGGCUACCUGCGGCUCUGGCCUCUGGAUUUUUCCAGUGUCUUCCUAGAAGCUGAACACGAGGGUCCUGUAAGUGUGGCGUCCAUAUCGUCAGACAGCAUGCGGGUGCUGGCUGCCACCUCUACCGGUAACCUGGGAUUCCUCGAUGUGACCAGUCGGGGUUAUAGCACGCUGAUGAGGUCGCACACGGAGACCGUGCUUGGCUUCAGCGUUGAUGGGAUUCGCCGACAUCUCACAACCGCUUCUUCAGAUGGCACAGUACGCAUUUGGUCCAUGGACUCCUUGCAUCAGCUGUACGACUUUGUGUCGGAGGAUAGGCCCUGCUCAGUUGCCUUUCAUCCCAGCGAGCAGAUCUUCUCUUGCGGUUUCAGCUCUGGUAUUGUCAAAGUCUUUGACAUCUCCUGUGGAAAGCUCAUGGCUGAACACAAUCAUCAUCAAGGUGACGUGGUGGGUCUUGCUUUUGCUCCAAAUGGAAAGUCCAUGUACAGUGCUGGUUCUGAUGGAUCUCUCACACGCUACAACUCUUCAAGGAAGGACAACCAAAUGAUCAGAGUUGUUUUGAAGGUCAAACAGUGCAGAUAUAGACUGAUUCCCUCUGAACAUGAUGGUCUAGGUGGUGUGGUGGCCAGAGGCACUGGACGUGCUCCAGAUGCCCUCACAGUGAGCAGUGACAGCCGCUGUCUGGCAUUCGUUGGCCCCUCUGAGUACACAAUUACCUUGGCUAACGCACUGUCUCUAGAAGAGUGUCUUCGUGUCGAUGUGAGUAUUUUGGAUGCAGAGAGCAACUUUCUGGAUUCUGCGUUGAAGGUCUGCUUCUCCACAGCCUCCCCUGAGCAUUUGUUGGUAGCUACAUCUGCUAACAAAAUCCUUUGGGUUAACACCAAGACAGGCUGUCUGCUCCGACAGGUGUCCAAAGUGCAUAAGCACUGGUGUUCUUCUCUGGCUGUGAGCGAAGACAGACGAUUCUUGGUAACAGCAGGGCAUAAUGCUGUCAAAGUGUGGGAUUAUACCAUGCGGCUUCAUAUGAACUCACAGAUGUUUAUAGGUCAUAGUCAGCCCAUCAACCAGGUGAGCUUUACCCCUGGCCAAUUGGGUGUGGUCUCUGUAGGGGACGCCAUAUUUCUGUGGGACUUUCUGGCAAACCCUGUUGACUUGCUGCAGCCUCUGCAGCCUGCAGCCUCCUCAGCUGUAAGUGAGGACCAAGCCUGCAAUGGGAUGCCUCGACAAGGUGCACCUACUCCCUUCUCUCCUCCGCAGCCACUGAAUGUUAGCGCCACAGACACCCAAGAGAUGGAGCAGGAAGUCACAGCAAUUGGUUCAGAUCCCAGCUGUAAUCCUAAGCCAGCCACAUCCUUCCUCAAGAUCACAGAACUAAGCGAUAUCACAAACCUGAAUUCCAGCCAUCAGGCUUUCCCUGGAAAGAAGCUAGUGCGCCCAGACUGUUAUCGACACUUUAUACCACGUUUUAACAAUUCCACUCUUGAUAAGGCUGCUGUGACUCCUCAACCAGCAGAGGCAGGCAUGCAGCUGAAAGCUGUGAUUGGUUACAAUGGCAAUGGGCGGGGCAACAUGGUGUGGAGCCCUGGUCAAGGUUUAUUUGCGUACUCUUGCGGAAGUGUAGUGGUGGUGGAGUACCUCAACUCAGGACAUCAGAGACACUUACAGGGCCACACUGAGGAGAUCUCUUGUCUUGCAGUUUCAAAUGACGCUAAGUUACUGGCGUCCGCAGCCAGCAAAUGUAAUGGCAGGAGCAUCAUUUGCAUUUGGGACAUCCAGAGUGGAGCUUGUUUGCAUACCAUUUCCUACCAUAGAGCAGCAGUGCAGAGUCUCGCUUUCUCCAAAGAUGACGCCUUCAUUCUCUCUGUCGGAGACUUCUCUGACCCAGUUGUGGCUCUGUGGAGCAGCAAGACCUUUCAGAUGCUCACUGGCCUGACCGUUUCAACACCGAUUCACGAUGCAGCCUUCAGCCCCUCUGAACCCGCCCAGCUUGCCUGUGUGGGCAGCCAAAGUGUAUACUUUGGCCUCAUUCACAACAGCGGGCAGGAUGUAAACCUCAAGGUUACGACAGCGAGAGCACCGGCUGAGGUUGGCAAUGUGGAGAUGACAGCUCUAUGCUACCAUAGCGACUCUUUACUUUUCACCGCCACCAAUCGAGGGCAUCUUUGCGUCUGGGACAUCAAGACACAGAGAUGCUUCAUGACGUGGGAGGCCGAUGAGGGCGAGAUUGGCAUUCUGCUGUGUCGAGAGAACAGCCUGUUGACAGGCAGCAACACCCACUGGCUACGACUGUGGGAGGUAGAAGCAGUGCAGGGUAUGACACCACAGGCAACGGCACUCGGCACUAAAGACAGUGGGAAAUCCGUGGUGUUGAAGCAGGAGAUAAUGCUGGAUGGGACUACGGUCAGCGCUGCCUUUGACAACACAAUGGACAUGGGCAUUGUGGGCACCACCGCAGGUACUUUGUGGUACAUUGACUGGUUGAACAGCAGCAGUGUCCGUCUGGUCAGCGGCCACAAGAAUAAGGUGAAUGAUUUGGCCUUUCACCCUGAUGAGAGCCACUUUGCCACCUGUAGUGAAGAUGGCAGUCUGAGAGUGUGGUCUUUCCCUGGUAAUGAACUUGUCGUGCAGUUCCAGGUGCUCAAUCAGUCCUGUAGCUGCGUGUGCUGGAGCUCGUCUUCCAGCAAGCAGCGCAUGUCUGUGGCCGCAGGAUAUGGCGAUGGCACUUUGCGCAUCUUUCGGCUCUCCACCGCCGAAAUGGAGAGAAAGCUGCAGCCACACCACGUUGCUGUCACCGCAGUCCAAUACUCUGCUAAUGGUGAUGUGAUCAUCUCUGGUGGGAAGAACGGUGUAAUUGCUGUAAGUAGCGCCAGGGAUGGUACAACACUCCGUGUCUUCAUGGACCACAAAGGAGCAGCAAUCAGCACCAUUCAGUGUGUGAAUGAACAGUGUAAGGACUUUGGCAUAAUGGGGAACGAGCUGUGGUUGGCUACCAGCGUCGACAGGCGUGUCAGUGUCUGGACGGCUGAUUGGUUCAAGUACAGGUGCAGUUUGCUGGACUGGCUCACACUUCCUGCUCCGCCAUAUUGCCAGGAUGACAGUCCACCCCCUAGCCUGGCUUCCUUCUGCCCAACAGACCCCAGCCUGGUGAUCUACACUACUUAUGGAGUAGAGAAAGAGCUUUCCUUCUACAGCCUCUCUAUGAAAACGAUCAUCAAAAAGAUCACCCUCCCCCACUGGGCCACUUGCUUUAGCCUCUCCUCCAAGAGCCAACUCAUAGCUUUGGGUUCAAAAGAACGAGUGUUGAAACUGAUCAAGUGGACCAGUGGCAGGUUCCAGGACUUUGUACAGCACAGCGACUCUCUGCAGACGUGCCGCUUCUCCCCCUCAGGGACUCUCCUCUUCUCUGUGGCCCACAAUGAGAUCCUGCUGUGGGCAGUGCAGGGCCUCUGAGGAUACCUUUUUUUAACCUUGUAGGUUUAUAUUCCAUUUGUUUUUUUGGAGGAACAGAGCCAAAAGUUGAAGCUUAAGUCAGUGAAGUGAACCUUUUGUCUUAUGUAUAGCUUUACAAUACUGUAUAGAUGUUUUCAUUGACAAUAUUUAUUUUGUAUAUUUUUCAAGUUAGAUUAAAUGCUGUACGUGUCUGUAAAUUA